UUGUAAUAAAGGCCCCAAAUCGCUUCCGCAUUCAGCACAUGGAUCGCAGAGGCCGGAAGAACCACUCGGCCAAUGAUGAGCCACCUGCGGAUCUUGGCCCCGCCCCUUUACGCCACUUGCCCAAGAAAGGAGCUGAAGAAGCCUCUGCGCUUGCGUACUUGAGUAAAUCCGCCUCACGCCCUUUCGCUCCACCCUCGACCAUACAUAAGAUGGCGGCGCCGAGGUCUUUUCCAGGUCCUUGGUCGCUCUCCGCCAGGCCGCCAUGCUGGUGAGGGCGAGCAAGGCGCUGCGGCGGGGCCUCCCGCGAAAUUUACACCUCGGCGGCGGCGAUAUAAGAACGACCGCCGUUUGCUUCCCGUUGAGCCAUCGAGCGCUCCUCCGCUUGCAAGGCCCCGAGACACUCUCUUUUCUCCAAGGACUCCUCACCAAUGACGUAACCCCUUUCGCAGAGGUGGGCGGAGCCGCACCUCGCGCGCUUUACGCACACGCCCUCAACGUCCAGGGGAGGUGCCUCUAUGACGUCAUUGCGUACAGGCUCCAUGAAAACAAGCAAGAAGAACAGCAUGUCUUGUUGGAAUGUGAUGCAGGCCUGCUGGACUCCUUCCGGAAACAUCUGAAGCUCUAUAAGAUCCGCAGGAAAUUAAACAUCUCGCCCUGUCUUGACCUCUUGGUGUGGGCCGUUGUUCCAAAGGAACCAUCAGAGGGUUUGCAACACGCUGGCCAAGCUGUAGUUCUAACUACAGACCCCAGAGUGAAGAUUAUGGGUUGGAGGCUGAUCACCCGCAAAGAGGUAAACCCUCUGGAGAUCGUCUCUGGAUGCCGGCUUGGAGAGCUGAAGGAUUACCACCGGCACCGGUACCAACAAGGUAUCCCUGAAGGCGUGAAAGAUCUCCCGUAUGGAACCGCUUUGCCUUUGGAGUCCAACCUGGUUUAUCUGAACGGCGUAAGUUUCACGAAAGGCUGUUAUAUCGGUCAGGAGUUGACGGCUAGGACUCACCACAUGGGCGUCAUCCGGAAAAGGCUCCUGCCCAUUCAGCUCUCGCCAUUGAUGCCUUUAGAAAGCCUUGCUGAAGGUACCGAAAUUUUGACCGAAUCAGGGAAGUCGGCUGGAAAAUUCCGUGCAGGUGAGAACGAGUUCGGAAUUGCCUUGUUGCGUUUGGCGACCACGAAGGAGCCUCUGCGGCUCAAAGUUUCUGACAAUUCGCAAGUGAUGGUCACAGCAUCCGUUCCUCCAUGGUGGCCCCAAACUGCCAAUAAAUAGCCUGAUCUUCUGCUGAAUAUGACUUGCCUCAAAGUUUAUUGUCUUCUUUUCACAAUUCUGAAAAUUAGUGGCUUUGAAAGGAAGAAUCCUUUAUGCUGGUGCCAAAUUGGCACCAAUGGAAAACUUUGAAAUUUUAGGUUGUUAUUUAUUCCUUGACAGUCAUAUUAUUGUAGCUUUGUCCGAUUCUUCCUCUCAUCCUCCCUUUUUUUUUUACCUCCAGAGAAACAAAACCUAAUAAUCAAGCAAAGAUUUGAACUCCUGCAAGUUUUGCCCAAGUUGGCUGACUCUAGAUUUAUUAUCUUGUCUAUUUGUUGAUACUGGUUUCCAGUUAUAACUAUCAACCUGCUUCUUCCCCUGAGAUUCCUUUCCCCUUUAGAUAAACGUUUCUCCACAACUUUAAGUGGUAUGGUCUUCAACUCCCAGAAUUCCCCAGCAACCACGGGGAACUCUGAGAAUUGAAGUUGCCAAGAUGAAGAAAUAACUGACUUGGAUUCUUCAUUUCCAUCGCUUUAUUUGAUCGGGAAAAUAUCACAGGUAAUCCUCAACCUACAUCCAUUUGUUUAGCAACUGUUCAAAGUUACAAGAGCAUUGAAAAAAGUGACUUAUAACUGGUCCUCAUACUUACAACCAUUACAAUAUUCCCAUGGUCACAUCCUGGGGUCACAUGAUCACCAUUUGCAAAUUGCAAAAAUAGUAGUCGAAGAAUGUUAAACCUCGCAGAAAUUUUAAACCUAUACAGACUACUAUAUAGGCAAUCUUCUUUUGAAUUCAGAUUAAUAAUAUUUGUAACUUAAUAAUUAUUUUUCCCACUAUCCGGCCUUCCCUCUUGCCAGUCAAAUCAGUACAGGUAGUCCUUGACUUAUAACAAUUCUUCUAGUGACCAUUCAAAGUUACA